CCGUUAAGCGAGGAACCAGUUCUAUCCGUCUGAACAGAGGCUGUAGAGAAAAAUGGUGCCCCACUUUCUCACUGUCCAUCCUCUCGUAGUCUGUGGACGACAGCCACCGCGGAGACUCCAACCUGUUCCCGAGUGGCGGCUCCGACGGCGGCGGAAGUGACCUCCCGGGCGACGUCAACAUGAGCACGCUCGUGGAGCUCGCCGAGACCCGGGGCGACCGCUGGCAGCGGGUGCGGCGAACCAACGACCGCUUCUACGUCUUCUCGGCCUACCUGGACGCGCGCCGGGUGCGCAUGGUCCGGGUGAUCGCGGCGGCGCGAACGCGGCUGACGGACCGCGUCGUGUGCCGCCUCUUCUGGCGCGUGGUGGGCGGCGAGGAUGACGGCGCCUUCCAGUCGGCCACCGUGCUCGCCUCCAACAAGCUGAUCCGCGAGAACUGGAACCUCCGCUACAGCGCCUUCUUCCUGCUCUGCCCUCUGCCGGCCGGCGUGACCGGGGAGGUGCCCUUGUGGGUGGCCGUGCAGCGCCUCAACGACCGCAGCAUGCCGCGCAACCUGAUGGCCGUCCACCGCAAGGACGAGGACUACGACAACCGGCUGCCCGAGGACCGCGAACUCGCCGUCUGCGUCAAGCCCAUCCACUACGAGUACAACAAGGUUCUGCAGUUUGCCGAAUUCAUCGAGCUGAACGUGGCCCUGGGCGCAUCUCACUUCAUCUUCUACAACCACACCGUGGGUCCGGACGUGGGCUGCCUGCUGGAGCGGUACGCGAGUGAGAACCUGGCCACCGUGCUCCCGUGGGAGCUGCCCAUCGCCUCCCAGCGGGAGAUCCGCACCGAGGCCCUGUUCGCGGCGCUCAACGACUGCCUGUACCGCGUCAUGUACCGCUUCCGGUGGGUGGCCAUGAUUGACCUGGACGAGUUCAUCGUGCCCUCUGGGAACAUUACCAUACCCACAAUGAUCAGGAGGUUCCAGGACCGGAACAAGAGUGGACGAGCGGGCGCCUACUCUUUUCGGAACGCCUUCUUCUACCUCCAGUGGCCAGACGACCCAGUGGCCGCUGGUGACAAGCUGCCGCUGGUGACCCUUCGCAAAACUCUGCGUAAGCUUCACCUGCACGCUCACCGCCAGCGCUCCAAGUGCAUCAUGGAUCCCGAGAGCGUGGUGGAAGUGGGCAACCACUUCGUCUGGGAGUUCCUGGCCGGUAAAACGACCGUCAACGUGGCGUCGAGCGUCGCCUUCCUGCACCACUACCGGGUGUGCGAGUUCGGCGGCAACGACUGCGUCAACGCCACCUCGGUGCGCGACACCAAGGUCUACCACUGGAAGACGCGCCUGCUGGAGGCCGUCUCCCGGAGGAUGAAGAUGCUCAGGCGUCGCGACCUCGCCUGUCCUGCACAGCCGCCGCGGGUGAGACCGGGCAAUAAAACCGCUGUGGCGCAGGUUGGCGCGCCAACCUCGCCGUCUUCACCCUCACCGUCAUCGUGACCCCGCCCACGAAGACGUGAAACAUGAACGAAGAUUGCGCGAUAACGGUAAACUUGUACAGAGAAGCGUUCGUGUACGAGUGGGGGCGGCUACCGUCUGUGGAAAGCGUCCCUGGUGGCACUCUCGCAAUGACGCUGUCUUCGACAACGUCUUGAUGGAUGCGAUAUCGUAGACGUGCGCUAUGUUGAUGGGGCCCUCGACCAUGGUUUGAGAACCGUGAUGGGAUUUGUGCUUCGGCUCGUCGUUUUCCACUCCGAGAGAAAAUUGCCUCGCACGUCAGAGCGUCAUUGUGAGACUUUUGAGUAUGCUAUGACCUUGCAGCAAGAGAAAACUGCUGCUCAAUACCUCGGUAUUCAGCAAGUACCCAGCCAGGUGGUUUACGCAGAGAAGGGAUGACGCUUUAUUUCUAGUUUGUCGGCGGCUACCAUGCUCUAAUGAAAAGUUUUCGUUGGAGUGACAGUGAGGAUACCGUCGUGUGCAAGGGCUGUGAGACCGCAUGAUCUUUUCUGCAGUCCGUGGAAGUUAGCAUCCAGGCAGUAACGGCCCGCGAGUGUUACUUUGCCUUCGACUCAAUUCAAGUGGAUUUAUUUUAUUCCUUGUCAAUUAUUUUAUUUUUAUAUUAUUGUCAUCGUUUUUAGCGUUUCUAAUUUCUGCGAUUGCUUUUUUAUGCUACGCGUGGAUAGUACGUGCGAUUUCCUUUUAUUUUAUUCAAGCUAAACUACAUAGCAUUUCUUCGCUUCAUCAUUGCACAAACACCUGUCAUAAGCUUCGCUCCAGGGGCUUCAUCAUGCGCACAGGCUGCUUCCGCACUCCAAAUAUAAACACCGCAGCUUCCAUCGGCGCUUUUUAUAAUCAUAUCACCAAUAACGUUCAUUGAGUCCUCCUCGAAAGUGUCUCGCAUGCGAUGAAGUGUCUCUGAUAAAGGCUUAUUGCCGUAGGUUCAUGUUCUUAGAUUUAG